UAAAUAACGUGAACAAAACAUAUCAUUUAUUUGAUUGUUUAGCGUUUCUAAGAAAUCUAAUUGUCAUCGUUUUUGAUUUACAAAUAUUUAUAAGGAUGGGACCACAGACAAUGAUAACAGGAUAUAUCAAUGGAACUGACGAUGUUAUAAAUGAUGGAACAGGAAUGGGAUUUGAAAUGGAUCCGAUGUCUUUGGUGUAUAUCAACAAUAGGAGGGCAGACAGUUUGGUACCAGUUUUCCAUGUGAUUUGCUGGUGUCUCCCAGCUAUUAUCACCAUUGUUGCUACUGCAAUGGAUGUAUUUGGCUUUGACAAAAAUAUUACAACAGCCUCGUGGUGUUGGAUCAGUCCCAAUGUACGUUACCAAUUAUUCUGGCAAUUACUUACUGGUAAGGUAUGGGAAGUGGCAGCUUACGUGAUGAUUGUCAUCCUGUACACGCUCAUAAAGUACAACCUUAUCCGCCAGAUGCAGCGAACAAGAGUGCUCCGUGGUAAUAGAGAAGGGGAUACGAGCUGCAACGAGUCGGUAAUGUUAGACGCUAAUCGAAAAAUGACAUUUGUGCCAGCGGUAUUUAUCACUGUGAGAAUCUGGGGAACUUUAAGGUUUCUACUAGGGGCAAUAGAUCCAGUGGCGGCAUCUAGCGUGUCUUGGAUUGCACCAUUACAGGGAAUUGGUGACAGCGCUCAAGGAUUUGCAAACUGUGUCCUGUUUUGUAUAUUCACCGAGAGAGUGCGCAAGCGUCUACUUUUUUGUUGUAGGAAAAGGAAUAAGUGUACCAGUGAAACAUAUAGUGGUACUCACAUCUUGACAGAAAACCAGAGUGAUACUGCCAAUAAGGACAUGGCAAGAAAUGCCACAUCCGAUUGAAUAGGACAUUUCCGCGUUCUAUCACCCAUGUAAAAAUAAGGCACAAAUCGUCGAGAUUAUUCAUGCUCUUAAUUAAAACGAC